AUGCAUCUUUUAACAUUAGGACUCCCACAUGCCCUCUACCCGUUUGGAGAAAUAUAUUUUUACACAGACCUUGAUUGUAAAUUUGAUCUUUAUUUAAUGAGGGUAUCCAGAGUUAUGAUCAUUGGUUUAACCUGCCUGCUUAGCUGUUUCCAGUGUGUAACUCUGGCUUCCUCAAAUCCACAGUGGGCAGCACUGAAACUCAAAAUGCAAAAAUAUCUUAUGUUUUUAAUUUUUAUUGUCUGUAUAAUAAGCAUGUCAUCCAGCAUUGGUUCAGCCCUGUUUCCUAUUACUGGACGGAAUGCAACAGGUCUAAAAUACACUUUUAAUCUGGGAUACUGCCUGUCAGUGUAUCCCAGUCGAUUUGUGUUUGAACUGAUUGGUUUUAUUUCAUUUGCUCGCGAUGUAGGAUUUGUUAUUCUCAUGGCUCUGGCUAGCACACACAUUCUUUUAAUCUUACACAGACAUGGGAAGCAGAUGAAAGGAAAGAGGAGUUCAGAUCGAAGUCAAGAAGCUGGAGCAGAGCAGCAGGCAUCCAAGAUGGUGGUAGCUUUUGUAGUAACAUAUGUGUCCCUGUUUGGAAUUGAAAAUACCAUUUGGUUUUAUCAGAUCUCUGUUUCAAAGCAAGGUGAUCCUACACUAAAUGAUUCACGUCUUUUCUUGUCAUUUUGUUUUUCUUCACUUUUUCCUGUAAUCCUAACUACCUUUAAUCAAAAACUUAGACACAGAAUAAUGUGCUGCAAACUCUAG